AUGUUCCGCCGUCCCUCUUCUGCCACUGUCAGGAACUUUUCCUACGCACGGCCCUUGUUUAACAGCACACAACAGCAGCAUCAUCAUCGACUUCAGCAACACCUUCUCCUCUCACUCAACAAUCGGAAUGUGGGAACAGGACCAGCCGGAAUCUUAGCAAGAGAAGGGGCAGCAUCCCCGCAAUCCCCGCGUUCUUCCUCCUUCUCCACGACAUCGGCGUCCAGAUCUCCCGCUCUGGCCCCCCCGGAUCAUCUCGAUCCAAAGGAGCUGCACAUCUUCAAUAAGCUCGUAACAGAAUUGUCACCUUCCAGGCUAGAGGUUCAAGAUGUUUCCGGCGGCUGCGGCUCAAUGUAUGCCAUCGAGAUCGCGUCGCGGAGUUUUAAGGGUCUACCCGUGGUAAAGCAGCAUAGGCUGGUCCAGGAGGUCCUGAGUGAGGAAAUCAAAGGAUGGCAUGGUGUUCAAUUGAGGACCAAGGCCGAAUAG